GGCAACGGCUGAGUCACCGUCGGCAGAGAUCUGCCUAUCUCUGACGAGGUUGCCUCAGCGGCAGGCCCCGCCCACUCAUCCCGCGCGCGGUGCAGACGCGACACUCCGGAGCCGACCAGGCGAGAGCAUCGCACGCCGUACGCACCUCCGCCCGCCCACGCCGCAGGGGAGUCGAACCCGGGACCCGGGGGGAUGGGCAACGUCCCCGCCGCGGUGAAGCACUGCCUGAGCUACGAGCAGCUGAUCCAGGACUACCCGUGGCUGGCUCACAGGCUACAGGAGGCGCAGAAUGGACCUGUGCACAGAUAUCCAGAGUUUGUUAAAGUUGUUGAAGUUGGACCAAGAGAUGGACUCCAAAAUGAAAAGGAAAUGGUCCCGACAGAAGUGAAAAUCCAGCUGAUAGACAUGCUGUCGGAGACGGGUCUCUCCGUGAUCGAGGCGACCGGCUUCGUGUCUUCAAAGUGGGUACCACAGAUGGCUGACGCUGACGCGGUGUUCCGGGGGAUAAACAGGUUACCUCAGGUGAAAUACCCGGUUUUAACACCGAAUCUGCGAGGCUUUGAGGCAGCCGUUGCUGCUGGUGCUUCUGAAGUGGCUGUGUUUGCGUCGGCCUCAGAGACCUUCAGCCAGAAGAACAUCAACUGCUCCGUGGCGGAGAGCAUGGAGAGGUACGAGGAGGUCAUCAGGGCGGCCAGGGAGGCGCAGAUCAACGUCAGAGGGUAUGUUUCCUGUGCUCUGGGAUGCCCAUAUGAGGGAAAUGUAGCACCUGCCAAAGUGACAGAGGUGGCGAAGAAGCUGUACGGCCUGGGCUGUUAUGAGGUCUCCCUGGGCGACACCAUCGGCGUAGGAACGCCGGGCGCCAUGGCGACGCUGCUGGAGAGCGUGCUGAAGGAGGUGCCCGGGCACGCCCUGGGCGUGCACUGCCACGAUACCUACGGGCAGGCCCUGGCCAACAUUCUCCUGGCGCUACAGAUGGGGAUUUCCGUGGUGGAUUCGUCAGUGGCGGGCCUGGGGGGCUGUCCGUACGCCCGGGGGGCCACAGGAAACGUGGCCACCGAGGACGUCCUGUACAUGCUGCACGGCCUGGGGAUUAACACGGGAGUGGAUCUCUCCAAGGUGAUGGACGCGGGGGACUUCAUCUGCAAGGCUUUGAACCGCCAGACCGGCUCCAAGGUCGCCCGAGCCCACUGCCGACCCUAGCUCCCCAUCCGGAGCCUCGUCUGUCCCUUUACGUGAAGCUAGCCAGUACUCUCAGUGAUACUGUACGUAUACGUAGUGUGCUCUCCUAUCUCUAUGCUGCAAAAAGAAAAAAUUCCUCAGAGAUUUCAUACUUGUAAGACACUAUGUGCACUUUAGUUAUAAUUUCUACUGAGGGAAAAUUUAAUGGUCAUUGUCUUUCUGUUUUUCUGACCAAAAACCUUCACAGACAUUUACCUAUUUACAGUAUAUAAACUCUAUGUGUAUGUAUUUAUGCACUGCCACUGUGCAGGCUACUGUAUAUUAACUGAAGUUAAUCUAUAUAUGUGCGUACUAUAUAAUACAAGUACUGUAUGCAUUCAUGUACAGUAAGUGUGUCUGAAUGAAUGUAUGAACUGAUUGUGAGCUGGAUAUUGUAUGUAUGUCUGUGUGUGUGAAUGAAUGCAUGGAUGUUUUUACGAGUGCAUAUGUAUGUCUAUGUAUGUAAUGCUACCCUAUUGAAGAAUACAUGCAUUAA